AUGGCGAAACCAUUGCAAAAAGACAGAGAGAAUAGAUCUGCCGAUAAAAAGGAUUUAACAUUUCAUCCUUAUAACAUUACGCCAGAAACUGCCCGUACAGCUGUACUGCUUCUGGAGUCACCGGAACCAGAAAUACUAUGUCAAACUCUUCGGGCAAUAACGAAGUUCUCUGCGCAAGAUUUUCAAAAUCGUCAAUUGUUAUUUGACCUGGAGGCGAUACGUUAUAUUCUCCCUCACAUUGAACACAAUGAACUUAACAUCAGGCGAUUUGCACUGAAAGCCCUGGCACAGUUGUGCCAGCUGCCACGUGGACCUGAGCAAGUACUGCUAAAUUCGCAAAAUUUGAGGAAAAUUGCCAAUAUGCUUGUCAAAAUUGAAGAUGUAUUCGUCUUAGAAUUUGCUUCUUUAGUAUUAUCAGAACUAACAAAGGAGCCAUUAGGAUGUGAACAGUUGGUCUCGGCGAACAUUCUAAAUACUUUAUUUUCCAGAAUGAAAAACAGUACAGAUCCUGACGUUCAGAAUAAUUGUCUGCAGACUCUCAGCAAUCUACUCGCCGAUCCGGUGAGCGCUUCUGAAGUAACAAGAAGUCAUCAGUUCAACUGGUCAUCGCUGCUGGCGUUGAUGCAGAGCAAAUACCUCGCUAUACAGCACGCAGCGAUCAAGACAGUCGACCAACUGAUCUGCCGAUAUAAGGACAACGUGGUACAGAAGAGUUUUAGAGCUUCAACUGGAGUACUGGAUCUGUGUGACAUAUUGGAGUCAUAUGAGUUCCGCGAUGUGCACACUGAAGUAUUAGGAGUGCUCCGAAAUUAUGCGGAAACGGAAGAAAAUGCAGCGCAUUUGUACCAGUCUGGAUGUAUCCUACGACUUCUAGCUUAUCUGGAUAUGGCUUUACCAGCUAUGAAGCCCCAUUGUUUGGCCGUACUUACAAAGAUGUCGUUUACCGCCAAUGGGAGAGAUGCGCUUUAUCAAACGGAAACCGACCUGGUGUUUUGCCAUCAAUUGCUGAGUACUAAUGUUGAUUUGUUGGCGGAUGCAGCCAUGGGUGUGGCAAAUAUGACCAAACUCUUACCUUCGGCUGUCCGAAUGUCUGACACCAAUAUCAUCGAGGCUCUUUGUGGUGUUUUAAGCGAUGAAACGACUGCGUGGUUCUAUAUUCGCAUCAACGCGUUGCGAGCGCUUGCCGAACUCUGCCGAAUUAUACCUAAGGCCGCUUACAGACUUGUAGAGCACAGCACGUUCGGUUCGCUCAGGAACAUUAACAAGAAGUACAAAGACACACCCAUAGAAGCGCAACGCCUCGCCGUACAAUGCUAUAUCAACCUGCAGAACUACCACACAAGCAUGCAAGCAAUGCUCAACAUGGAGUUUGUGAAUGAGCUGCUCGGCAUACUACAGAGAAUCGAUAUCAGAUUAAAAAUAAUGAGUUGUACAGCGCUCAGCGGGCUGAUGGCUGAGGAAGUCUCUAAGGAGUUAUUUACAUCGGGAAAAGGUGAAGAGGUCGUGUCAAAUAACCUACGAAUCGAGCACGUGGGCCUACGCACUGCACUCUGCACGCUAAUAACUGUCAGUGUCACUGAUGAAGGCGCCGACGUUUAUUUAGACCUUGGAACUGUUCAUUAUAUGGUAGAAAACAAGCAAGCGAGAUAUGCCCUCGGCGCUUGGGAGACAGCUUUGGAGGCAAUUUUCAACCAACACCCGUCAGCUAAAUUGGCCUACACCGGCCGGUUGGAUAUAAACGACGUAACAAACGACGGGUUCUAUGUAAUGAAGCGUUUAAAAAGUCCAUUCCCAACGCUGCGGGCUUUAGCCGAAACUCCAGCUCCGCACCAAGAUCCCGUGUUCGUGUGCAACUUUCAAAUUCCCAAUACGGGGAAUUCCUUGGAAUUAGACGUGCGAGCCUCGAAGGUCCCACGGAUGGUGUCAAAGUCGACGUCGUUCUCAAAUCGCGAAGUUAUACAGGACGACCCUUAUUUGCGCUCGUAUUUACUGCGCCUGCGCGUAUGGUUUGGUGAUCCAGCAAAAUCUUUGCACUACUUCGAAAUUGAAAACGCUCAUUACGAAGUGAGGUACCGGGACAAAUGUGACGAAGUGUCAACGUCGUUGAAACAGAAAGCGAUACUGUUGGCCGAAUUCGUGUCUGAGGCUAUGAGCGGGUUGACUCAAGAACGGGAUUGCUCCUUGCCGAGUGUAGACUUACAUUUGGCUGAUUUGAUGAUGGAGUUGAGUUCAAACCUGGUGGGUUUGGGUUUCGUGAAGUGCGGUGGUAGUUUGGAGCGGGCGUUGCUUUACAAAGUGCUGGCGGAUCGUUCGGGGCUGCCGUGUGCCCUGCACCGCGCCACCAGCGGACACGCCUGGUGCGAAGUCGCCGUGCCUGAACUAGACCCGGAGGAUUCAGAAACCACAGAGGAGAAAUACCCAGCAGGACUAUUGCGAGCCAACUAUGUAGUGGACUUGACAGAGCGUCCAGGGCGGCUUCUACCACGCGGCUGUUUCGAGACGAAACGCAUAUGCGGUCCCACGUGCGAUGCACGUUACACUGCUCGUGCGCCACCGGAGGUUUGUAAAUGUCAGCAUUGA